CAGUGCACAAUCCAGUGGAGAGAAGAGCCGCUCCUUUUGGACCCCCACCAUGUAUUCGGGACCAAUGAGUUAUAACUGAGUUACCUUUCAGUGUUUUUCUCGAUCUGCAAUGGACAAUAAUACCGAGGAGGAAUGUCUCGGUCCAUCCACUCUUGGAACUAAGGAAUACUGGGAGGCCACUUACAUUCAAGAACUGCAAAACUAUUCCGAACAUGGCGAUGUGGGGGAAGUGUGGUUUGGGGAGGACAGUGAACGAAGACUGCUGUCAUGGCUGGAAAGUAAUAGUGACAAACAUGCCUCCAUCUUGGAACUCGGAUGCGGUAAUGGACACCUGCUGCACCUGUUGGCCACAAAGGGUUAUGCAAACCUGACAGGAGUAGAUUACGUGCCGCAGGCUGUGGCCUUGGCAAAGGAGGCAGCACCGAAAGGAAGCUCUGUGGUAUUUGAGGUUGGUGAUAUACUUGGACCCAGUGAGCGCUGUCUCGCACAUCAGUAUGAUAUUGUCUUGGAUAAAGGGACCUACGAUGCCAUAAGCCUCUCCCCAAAAGACCCAACUACCAAGCGUGCAAAGUACAAGAACACGCUGCUGCGCCUACUCAAGCCAAAGGGACAUUUUCUCAUUACAUCUUGUAACUGGACCCAACAGGAGCUGGAACUGUUUUUUGCACCACUGCAAAUUGUGGCCUUGCUUCCUGCUCGUACCAUGGUAUUUCAAGGAAAGAGCGGCAGCACAACUACCAGCCUUGUGUUUGCCAGGUGAUGCAAUACAAAAUACCACUAUUCACGACCUCAUUGCAGGACUCUAUAUGAAGAAUGCUCUGAAUGAACUCUGUAUGUAAAAAAACGAAUGACAAAUUACACAAUUAAACCAGUUUUAUUACAAGCUA